ACACAAAUAAGCUCAGAUGUCGAAAGAAGCUUCUGAUCUGAGAUGAGUUUCUUAAAAAGUGAAGAAAUUGGCUUGCCCUAAGCUCAAAAGGGGUUUGAUGAUGGCCUAUGUGAAGAUUAUUAGUGUUCUUAGUUUCCUGCUUUUGGGCUUUAAUGGUCUCAGCCAUUCUGAAAGGCCUUCUGUUGUUAACAUUGGUGCUGUUCUAACUUAUGAUUCUCUCAUCGGCGGAGUCGCAAAGGCCGCGAUCGAGGCUGCAGUCGCCGAUAUCAAUGCAGAUGAGACUGUUCUUCGCGGAACCCGGCUGAAUCUUAUAAUGCAGGACUCUAAUUGUAGUGCUUUUAUUGGAUCCAUUGCAGCACUUAGAGUUCUCGAGGAGGAGGCAAUAGCCAUUAUCGGGCCGCAAUCCUCAACAAUAGCUCACAUGAUAUCAUCUCUCUCUAAUGGCCUCCAAAUACCACUUGUAUCCUUCUCAGCUACCGAUCCGACCCUCUCCUCUCUCCAGUUUCCGUUCUUCGUCCGCAUGACACCUAGUGAUUCUUAUCAGAUGGCCGCUAUGGCCAAUUUAAUUGAUUAUUAUGGGUGGAGACAAGUAAUUGCGAUUUUUACAGACGAUGAGUAUGGCAGAAAUGGAAUAAAUUCUCUAGAUGACGAGCUCGCAGAAAGAUUGUCAAAGGUCCACAAGAUUGCUUUACCAGCAAGUGCUUCGGAAGAUAAAAUCUUGGAUUUGCUGAAAAAAUCAAUAAUAAUUGGACCAAGAGUUUAUGUUGCACAUGUUAAUCCAGAUUCCGGUCUUAAGAUCUUCUCCAUUGCCCAAAAUCUUGGAAUGAUGAGCGAUGAGUAUGUUUGGCUCGCAACAGAUUGGCUUUCUACGGCUUUAGAAACAUCCAAAACUGUUAAUUUUGAUUUAUUGAGUGACCUUCGAGGAGUAGUUGGUUUUCGCCCGCAUAUCCCAAACUCGAAAGUGAGAAGUGCUUUUAUAUCAAGAUGGAGAGAUUUGCAGCGAAAGGGGGGAAUUAGUGCUGAACUAAACGCUUAUGGCUUUUACGCGUAUGAUUCAGUUUGGGCCGUUGCUCAUGCGGUUGAUGAAUUUCUCAAUGAGUUUGGAAAUAUAACAUUUUCUUCGAACAACGCGCUAAGUUCUGCAAAAGGAAAGAUGCAACUUGACAAGCUCCGAACGUUCGAUGGCGGGAACCUGCUGCUUAAGAAAUUACUGCUGUUGAAUUUCAGCGGCUUAUCUGGCCCAGUCAAAUUCGAUAGCAAUAAGAAUCUCGUAGGCAGUACAUAUGAAAUUAUAAACAUAAACAGCGCACAGAUCCAAACAAUUGGAUACUGGUCUAAUUAUACAGGCUUGUCUAUUUCUUUGCCUGAUACUAUGCACGGGAACAAUAAGAGGGAUCUAAGAAUGAGUAAGAGACUUGGAAAUACUACUUGGCCUAGUGGAAAGACAGAAACGCCGCGUGGUUGGGUCGUCGCAGAUAGUGAAAGGCCACUACGGAUUGGAGUUCCUUAUAGAGCCAGCUAUACUGAGUUUGUAGGAGUAGAAAAAGAAAAUCACACAGUUAAUGGAUAUUGCAUUGAGGUAUUUAAUGCUGCAACUCGAUUGAUUCCGUAUGAUGUCUCGCAUCAGUUUGUGCCAGUUGGUGAUGGACGGUCGAACCCAAACUAUGAUGAGCUUGUGAGAAUGGUUGUUGAAGAUGUCAUUGAUGCAGCUGUCGGGGAUGUUGCAAUCGUCACAAACCGGACCAAAAUUGCUGACUUCACCCAGCCUUAUAUCUCUACGGGCCUAGUCAUAGUGGCUCCAUUGAAAAGUAUAAAAUCGAAUGCUUGGGCUUUCCUCAGGCCUUUCACGAUUAGGAUGUGGUGCGUGACUUUUGCAUUUUUCUUCAUGAUUGGGAUGGUUAUUUGGCUGCUCGAGCAUCGGGUGAAUAGCGAUUUUCGGGGCCCACCCAAGAGGCAGUGCAUCACCAUGCUCUUGUUUAGCUUCUCGACGCUCUUCCACUCACAGCAAGAAGAUACUUUGAGCACGCUUGGCCGAUUCGUCAUGACGACAUGGCUAUUUCUCCUUAUGGUUAUCACAUCGAGCUAUACAGCAAGCUUAACAUCAUUUUUCACCGUUCAACAGUUGUCGUCUCCAAUGAAAGGAAUUGAUAGUCUAAUAGCAAGUAAUGCGCCUAUUGGUUAUCAAACUGGGUCUUUCGCUCGAAGUUAUCUUAUAGACGGUCUUGGUGUCCAUCCUUCGAGGCUCGUUGCUCUCGGAUCUCCUGAAGCUUAUGAAGAAGCAUUAAAACUCGGGCCUAAAAGUGGCGGUGUAGCGGCAAUUGUCGAUGAGCUUCCGUAUGUCGAAAUAUUUUUGUCGAAGACAAGUGGGUUUGACAUAAUUGGACAGCCAUUCACCAGAAGUGGAUGGGGAUUUGCGUUUCGAAGAGAUUCUCCCCUUGCAGUUGACAUGUCGAGAGCAAUCUUAGAACUUUCUGAAAGCGGAGAACUCCACAGAAUUCACAAGAAGUGGUUUUGCAAGACAAACUCAUGUGCUGCGCAGGGAAGCGGGAAUUCUGAGCCAGACCAGCUGCACUUGAGCUGCUUCUGGGGGCUAUUUCUGGUUUGUGGGGCAGCUACUAUUAUUUCUCUCCUCUUUUUUCUUCUACGGUCGAUUCGGCAAUUCAUUCGCUAUCGGAUAAAACAUAGAGAUCCUGCAUCAGAUACUGAGCUAUCAAAGAGGGGCUGUUCUCAAGCCAUUUAUAGCUUCUUCAAUUUCAUUGAUGAGAGAGAAGAAGCCAUAAAAGCCAUUUUCAGGCAGCAGCAGCAGCAGCAGCAGCAGCAGCAGCAGCAGCAGCAAAGCACUUCUCAGCCUCAGAAAAGCUGAUUGUGCUGUUACUAGUUCCACCUUUCUCUGUUUGUAGAACAUAAGAGGAAGUUAAUAUGUAGCUUGUAAUUUACUUCUUGUAACGUAAAUCAUAUAUAUUUUCCGUGAUGGUUAAAGCCAUUUCGCGACUUAUUUAGCAGUGUUAAGGUUGGUAACUGGUGCCAAAUAUGUAAAAAAAAAAUUUCUGUUGCUAGAACU